GUGACAACGUUGUUCAGUUGCACAGGGAGUAUCUCGUGACUAGGAGAGCACCCGUUCCGCAUCGAAAAUGACAUCUUAGACAACAUUUUCUGACGGCAGUGUCUGUCGUAUUUAAUGCCGCAAACUGCGCACAGCCAGCACCAAACGUUCGAACUGCAGGAAUUGUCCAACAUGGGUUGGAUCCAGAGUCUGUUCCGUCCAAGGCAGGACUACGAGCCUCUCCAGAAUGGCACAGAAAGAGAUGAUGACAGCGCAGAGGAUGAGGUGGAAGGGGGCACGACCGAGACCCCCUUCUCGUGGCUCGAAUACGCGAUCUUUUUUCUACUUGGGAUAGCCAUGCUAUGGGCCUGGAACAUGUUUCUUGCCGCAGCCUCCUACUUCCAGCACCGUUUUCGCACAAGCCAAUGGAUUGUGAACCACUUCCAAGCUGCCGAGAUCUCUGUGUCGACCGUGACGAACCUCACUUCGAUGAUUGUAUUGACGACCCUGCAAAAGGGGGCAUCAUAUCCAAAGCGAAUAGCAGCAUCACUAGCUAUCAACACGGUGGUCUUUGGUAUUUUGUCCCUAUCGACACUGGUCCGGACACCCGCAGGAGUAUACUUCGGCUUCUUGCUCCUAGCAAUAUUUAUCGCGAGCUUUUCGACAGGACUUAUCCAAAAUGGACUGUUUUCAUUCGCAUCGGGAUUUGGCAGAAGCGAAUAUACGCAAGCAAUCAUGACUGGCCAGGCUGUGGCAGGAGUGCUCCCACCACUGGCUCAGAUUAUCUCGGUUAUGGCAGUGCCUCCCAAAGGUCGAGAUGGCGCAGACAGUGCAGAUGCUUCUCCGACUUCUGCGUUGAUAUAUUUCCUGACUGCGACUCUCAUUUCGGUCUUCUCUCUCUUGGCUUUCUUCUAUCUCCUGAGGCGGCAUCCGCACCAUAAAAGCCUUGAUUCAGCAGCCAAAUCCUCGGUUGAUGACACGUCCGAAGCAGAUGUCCUGACCGGUAAUGCCAGUUCCACAACUGACAGUACAGUAGAUGUCGAAGCAGAUGAACGUCCCUCCGUGGCUCUUACUACCCUGUUUCUCAAGAUGCCAUUUCUCGCAGCAGCAGUCUUUGUCUGCUUUGCGGUCACGAUGGUCUUUCCGGUCUUCACUGCUUCCAUUCAAUCUGUUAGCGGAGUUGACUCUGCCAUCUUUAUCCCCGCCGCGUUCUUGGUAUGGAAUUUCGGAGAUCUCCUUGGCCGGCUGUCGACUCUGUGGAAACCGAUAUCUCUGACGCACUAUCCUUUCGCGCUGUUUUGCCUGGCCAUGGCCAGACUGCUCUUCAUUCCUCUCUAUUUCUUGUGCAAUAUCAAGGGGAAGGGUGCAGUUCUAAGCAGUGACUUAUUCUACUUGGUCAUUGUGCAGUUCCUCUUCGGCCUCACGAACGGUUAUCUCGGCAGUGAGUGUAUGAUGGGCGCAGGGGACUGGGUGGCCCCUGAGGAGCGACAGGCUGCUGGUGGCUUCAUGGGACUCAUGCUCGUCAGUGGACUUACGGUUGGCAGUCUGCUCAGCUUUUUACUCGGAGACGUGUAGAAGGAUUGAGACAUGUCUCGGCAAAAUCAUGACACGUCAUGCUGGUGGCUUUGUACCCUGGAGCUGCUCUAUACGUGGCGCGAACCUGAUCUCGGGCAGGUACACAGCCUCGCUCUCAGCACAGCAGUUACUUGGCCAUUGUGUUGACGAGGUUCUCGCUGUGUCUUACACUUGGGCCAUCCAGAGGUCUGAACAAGCUUGCUCAGGCCAGCCCUGUGCGCGCACGGACACGGCACUUUGGAGGUUCAGCCGAUGAAGCCGAUGACGUACCAGGUAAAAGGUGGAAUACCCCUGAGAAACAUCUGGAGGAGCAACGACACGUACAAGCCAUGAGCGUACAAGUAGCACAAGGUGCUACGGCAUAAGAUGUUGAAUUGCUGUACGACUCGGAGAAUUUGGACUGGAACAAAAUCUCGCGGACAUGCUUCGAUGAAACAGAAACAUGUUGUGCGACGAUUUAGUCAUGAUUGCAUGAUCCAAGGCAGUCUGUCAAUGAUGACAUCGAGAAUGACUCAAACGGGUACAUAGUACAGCCUCGUGGGUUGUUGCGGCUGGUGUAUGACAACAGCGUCAAAGUGCAGUUGCCGAGAUUGUGACAGCUUGACAAAACCCGAAACGGGAGGCAUCUUGGGAGAGAGGUCUCUAGAGGAUUUUUGGAGCAAAUUUCGAAAGGACAGGAUGAUUUCAAACUGCAACACACGCUCAGCCUCCCACUCCCUGAGGCUUUCGUAGAUGUUGUCUGUGAUCAGACACAGCAUGCUGUAGUGCCUGUCCGAUGGAAUCCACGAUCAUCAAUUCAUUAUUAGGGGAACGCGUC